AUGGCAUCACCCAACUUCUUUUUUUUCCUAUUCACUUAUUUUCUGAUUCUCCAAAACGCACCGUUUUGUGCUGUGGCUCGGAGUUUGGUUCUACCAAAAGCCAUCGCAGAGAAGCUCCGAACUGACCUCCAAACCAUCAAUUUAGCCUCCACCGAUUACGGCCGGAUAAUCAAACAGAACCCUUUCGCCGUUUUCUUUCCGGUGACCGCCAACGACAUCGCCGGGUUGAUCCGGUUUAUGUAUGCAUCUCCGACCCCGUAUUAUAUGGCUGCCCGCGGGCAGGGCCAUUCCGUCCGCGGGCAAGCCUUGGUGCCGAAUGGAGUGGUCGUCAACAUGACCUCGCUCGCUAGUUUUCGACAAGGGGCCGGUAGAAUUGUGGUUUCGACGGCGGCAUCGUAUGCCGACGUCGGUGGUGAGCAAUUGUGGAUUGACGUAUUGCAUGCAACGAUGCACAAGGGGCUCACCCCCGUGUCGUGGACGGAUUAUUUGCAUAUCACCGUCGGCGGGACGCUGUCCAACGCCGGAAUCAGCGGUCAAACGUUUCGAUUCGGGCCUCAAAUCAGCAAUGUUUAUGAACUUGACGUCGUCACUGGAAAAGGAGAAUUUUUGACGUGUUCGCCCAAUACCAACCCGGAGCUCUUCUACGCUGUCCUCGGCGGCCUGGGUCAGUUCGGCGUCAUUACGAGAGCUAGAAUUGGCCUUGCUCCGGCACCCACCAAGGUUAAAUGGGUGAGGAUGCUUUACACAGAUUUCUCUGCAAUUACAAGGGAUCAAGAGCUUCUGAUAUCCAACAAUGGAAAAGAGAAAUCCAACGGCCUGAAUUACGUUGAAGGUUUGCUUAUGCUGCAUCUGAGCACACCUGAUAAUUCCUCCUUUUUCCCUCUCGCGGACCAGCCCAGAAUCUCCUCCCUUGUCUCCCAAUACGGCAUCGUUUACGUCCUUGAAGUAGCCAAAUAUUACGACCAACAAUCUGCCUCUUCCGUUGACCAGGAAUUGGAGGGAUUGUUGGGAGGGCUAAGAUUUGAGCCCGGGUUCAAGUUCAUCAAAGACGUCACGUACGAGGAAUUUCUAGAUCGAGUUCACAAUGACGAGCUAGCUUUAAGAGCCUUAGGGCUGUGGGAUGUUCCUCAUCCAUGGCUGAAUCUUUUCAUUCCGAAGUCGAGAAUCGUCGAUUUCGACUCGGGCGUUUUCAAAGGCAUUAUUCAAAAACGUAAUCUCACCUCCGGCGUCGUCCUCUUCUAUCCCAUGUUUAAAAACUUGUGGGAUGAACGGAGCUCGGCCGUGAUCCCCGAGGAAGACGUGUUCUACACGGCGGCGAUUCUGUUUUCAAGCGGUUUCGGGGAGUGGCAGGCGUUUGAUGAUCAUAUAAAAGACAUUUUGAAGUUGUGUGAAGAAACUGGGAUCGAAGUGAAGCAAUAUCUUCCCCAUUAUGAAACUCAAGAAGAUUGGAUUAAACAUUUUGGCGGGAAAUGGCCUCUUUUCUCGCGGAGGAAGGCCAUGUUCGACCCUAAACACUUGCUCUCUCCUGGCCAGAGAAUUUUCAACAAAACUCAAUCCAAUAAUUUCUUACCCUAAUUAUUUAAAUUAAUCACAAAUAAUUUCCAUGUAUUAUUAAGAUUUUGUUUUUAACUUUUUGAUCUACUUUGUACUUAGAUUUCCCAUCUUUUUAUUACAUUUAAUCUUAGGUUUAAUCUCCAUGUUCCUACUAAUAAUUUUUUUUAGUAAGAAAAGCUUUGUUAAGGAAUAGAAAAAGUAUUGAUUGGCCACAACAUUCACUUUCCGCUAAUUCAAACGUCCUAUGUGUUGGAUAGUGGGUACAAAAAUUUGUCA